AUCCAUCUUUCAACCACUCUGCCACUGCCACGCUCGCCACUCGAUCAGCGAAAACCGCUGCUUUCAACUCUCGAUCAAUAUUGGAAGCAAUCAACCGCAUAGCACCCGCACAGUCCUGCCAACAUGUGGAUCCUCGACUGGUUCUGGGACAUGCUGGCCAGCUUAGGUCUGGCUAACAAGCACGCCAAACUGCUCUUCCUAGGCCUCGACAACGCUGGCAAGACCACACUCCUGCACAUGCUCAAGAACGACCGUGUCGCCAUCCUCCAGCCCACCCUCCACCCUACCUCCGAAGAACUCUCCAUCGGCGCCUGCCGCUUCACAACCUUUGACCUCGGCGGUCACCAGCAAGCACGCCGACUGUGGAAGGACUAUUUCCCAGAAGUCUCCGGCAUCGUCUUCCUCGUCGACGCCAAAGACCCCGAACGUUUCGCCGAAUCCAAAGCCGAAUUGGACGCUCUGUUGAGCAUGGAAGAUCUGGCCAAGACACCUUUCCUGAUCUUGGGAAACAAGAUUGAUCACCCAAAUGCUGUGUCUGAGGAUCAGUUGAGGCAUGAGCUAGGACUUUAUCAGACUACGGGCAAGGGCAAAGUGCCGCUUGAUGGCAUUCGACCGAUCGAGAUUUUCAUGUGUUCCGUUGUUAUGAGGCAAGGGUAUGGAGAUGGUAUUCGGUGGUUGUCGCAGUAUGUUUAGAUGAGCUCAGCUUGGAGCAAUUGAGUCUACGGAGCCGCCGUCUCGGAGCGGAGAUAUAUUGCGGGAGCGAUGCGUUAGAGACGGAUGGAUGGCAUGUGGUACUUGGCGUUUACCUCUCUUCUUCUGCUUGAUACUCUAUGAAUUUGAUGCAGCGUGCGUUUG